AUGAACCUGUACCAUCCGUUUCCACUCUUUCCUCUCCAAUGUUACUCUCUUUCAGGCUGCUCCCCCGUAGUGCACGAGAGGGCGAGUGCGACGGCGCGGCCGGGGAGUACCAGAGUGGUAGCCGCGACGCGAGAAGCCCCCAGCUGGAGGUGUGAAAGAGCUCUAAAGAAGCCUGGCCUAGCGAAAGAUGGGACCUGGCAGGGGUUUGUCCUUGUGAAGAGAGUGGAAAUCCUCGGAGGAGGAGAGACGGAGGAAUCCAGGCGGGGUAGGUGUGCGGUGUUUGGAAGGAAGAUCAAUAGCAGAGAGGUGGAGUGA